AAAAAUUGGUUGAUAUUGCGGAUAAGACCCGUUCACACAAUCAGUUCUCGCUCUCCCCGAAAAAUCUAUCUAAAACCCCUAAAACCUCUUCUCCUCGCAGCCUCAGCAAUGGCUUCAAUGUCGAUGGAAAUGGUUACGACCUUUAUCGGAUUGACCAAGCGACAGACAACCUUAUUCCCUGUUUUGAGGAAAGCAGAGGUUCAAGUAUCUCGGAGUUUCCGAACCUCCUCAAGUCAUCUGAAAAUGGUCACUCUUCAUUCAAAUAAAAUGAAGAGAUUCUUUCGCAGGUCCACUGUAGCGGCAACAACCAUGACAGCACAGGGCGAGACUUCCGAUGCUUUGACGAAAAUUCCCGCUGAUGAUCGAAUUCCAGCGACCAUAAUCACUGGGUUUUUGGGCUCUGGAAAGACAACUUUGUUGAACCAUAUCUUGACUGCAGAUCAUGGGAAACGCAUUGCAGUGAUUGAGAAUGAGUUUGGUGAAAUAGACAUUGAUGGUUCAUUGGUUGCCGCAAAAACUGAUGGGGCUGAGGACAUUGUAAUGCUCAAUAAUGGGUGUCUCUGUUGCACUGUGAGGGGUGAUCUUGUCAGGAUGAUUUCAGAAUUAGUCAAUAAGAAGAAAGGGAGAUUUGAUCAUAUUGUAAUAGAGACUACAGGAUUGGCAAAUCCAGCACCAAUCAUUCAGACAUUUUAUGCAGAGGAUCAGGUUUUUAAUGAUGUUAAGCUAGAUGGUGUUGUCACUUUAGUUGAUGCUAAACAUGCUAAUUUUCACCUGGAUGAGGUGAAGCCAAAAGGAGUCGUCAAUGAGGCAGUUGAGCAAAUUGCUUAUGCUGACCGUAUCAUAGUAAAUAAGACUGAUCUUGUUGGUCAGCCAGAAAUUGCUUCUUUAAUUCAGCGUAUAAAGAACAUAAAUCGGAUGGCCAAUCUAAGGCAGACAGAGUUUGGAAAAGUUGACUUGGAUUAUGUUCUUGGGAUUGGAGGCUUCGAUUUAGAAAGGAUUGAGAGUGCUGUGAAUGCUGAAGGUUCAGAGAAAGAUCAUGCUAGUCAUGAGCACGAUCAUGAUCACCACCAUCAUCAUGAGCAUAAACACGAACAUCAUGAUCACCAUUCGCAUGAUCAUACUCAUGAUCCUGGUGUUUCUUCCGUCAGUAUAGUUUGUGAAGGGAGCUUGGAUCUUGAGAAGGCUAAUAUGUGGCUGGGUAAUUUGUUGUUGGAUAGGAGCGAUGACAUAUAUCGGAUGAAAGGUCUCUUAUCUGUUGAGGGUAUGAAUGAGAGAUUUGUUUUUCAGGGAGUUCAUGAUAUAUUCCAAGGUUCACCGGAUCGGUUGUGGCGUCCAGAUGAACCAAGAAUAAACAAGAUUGUGUUCAUUGGGAAAAACUUAGACGGACAGGAAUUAGAGAAAGGUUUCAAGUCUUGUUUACUGUAAUACUAGUAUCUAAUUAAACAUUUGGGAUUGUGAUUUUUUUCUGGUUUGACAUAUUGUACUCUGUCAUAAGUGGAUAUGUACUGGGACUCGGGGAUAAAUUGUUGCUGUCAAUAAGAACCUCAAGUUUCCUGGAUUUUUUGAAGAAUGAUGAAUAUAAUAUAUGGCAGUAAGCCUUUGUGUUUGGUUA